AUGAACGAAUUAAAAAACACCUUCAACCCAAUAUUGCGAUUUUAUCAGGACGCGGACUUUGUCGAACUAGAGGUGAAAAGAAUCUUGUCGAAGUACCCGAAGUUCAAAGCAUCAGUGAUGAACUCAAGACUGACUUCAAAACAACAACUCACACUCAGUGGAUUUCUCCCUAUUAAUUACAAUGGAAAGGCAUUUGGUAUUCCUCUGACUAUUUCUUUCACUUUUGAAUACCCAAUUUCCGCUCCAGAAAUUCUUUGUGACAUCAAAGAAGGGAUGGAAAUUGUGAAGAACCACCGCGAGGUCGAUGAAAAUGGAAUUGUUAAACGAGUUGGGAAGGAAUGGAACCCAUCGAGCGACUUGUUGAUGGUCUUGGAAAGCUUGUCGAUCUCAUUCGGUGGAUCACCACCCGUAAGACAAAGUCCGAAAGGAGCUCGACCGGCUACACUUCCAAUGACUGCGUCGAUGAACGGAAUGACUUAUUCACAAUACAUGUUUAAUGGGAACAACCCGUAUAUGUCGCAAUACCAGAAACAAACCUAUCAAUCAAGAGAUACUCCUAUCAUCCCAGGUAACCCAAUGUCACAACAAACUCCUCAAAAACAACAAUACCCACAAAGCGCUCAAAGUUAUCAAGGUAUGAGCACUCAAUAUUCAAUGUAUCAACCAGGCAUGUCGCAAUAUUCAAGACAAGUUAAUCCUUAUGUUAUGCAACAAUAUCCACAACAACAACCGAUUCAACAACAACAAGAUAGACAACAAACUAAAUACUCUCCUUACGCUCAAAUGCCUCCAAUGCAAAAGCCUCAACAAUACCAAAGUAUGCAACAACAAUACGCCCAACAAACACAAGUACAACAACCACCAUCUCAAAGUACUCAAUUAAGUUCACAAACAAACCCUUACUAUGUCCAACCAAAGGCACAACAAGAACAACAAACUGUUCAAACACCACAAAAUGUACAGAGUCUGUAUGGUCAAAGACAAUACCCACCACAAUCUCAGUAUAUGCAACAAAACCCAUUUACUCAAACUCCUCAACAAUCACCUUAUUACACACAACCACAAGGUUCUCAAAUGCAAGGAACUACCACGCAGAACAUUCAAAACGCUCAACAAGAGUUGCAACAACAAAUUCAACAAGACCCACAAAUGGGACCAACAAAUUACUACACCCAACCAAAACAAGGCAUUCGCGAGGAAGUCGAUCCAAUUCAAAAAACAUCAGAGGGAUAUCCGAUGAUUGCCCAAAUGGCUGUUUCGAAGUCUCAACAACAACAAGAUGUUCAACAACACAACGAUUACAACGCUCAACAAAAUGUUCAAGAGGUGAAUCAAGAACAACAAGAACACCCCACACAACUUCAAGUUCAACAACAAACAGUAGUCGUAGAAACAACUCAGCCCCAGGUCGUUGUCGAGCAACCAGUUCAAGAGAAAGUUGAAGAGAACAAAGUUGAAACAUCGCCACAGCGGAUCAACUGUCCAGAUGGAUAUAACCCAGACAACGAGAAGACGAUAGUUGGGUUCAAGCAAUUACUCGAUAAGGGACUUAUCACACAAAUCGCAUUUGAGACGUUAGUUGAGAACUAUUUGAAUAGUAAAGAACACUUAAUGAUAAUACAAGAGUACAUUAAUCAGAAGGAAAAGGCCGAACAAGAGCAAAUUCGGAUUAAGAAGGAAAAGGAAGAGAAGGAGAAACAGCUGAAAGUCGAAGCGAAGAUCAAGGAAGUGAAGACUGAAAUCUUGUACGCAACGGAUUUUGUCGAUCAAACGAAAAACUGGAUCAACUCACACAAACAAGCAAAAGUCGUCCCACAGACAUUACUCACCAUAGACACCCCAGAGAAGGAAAUCAAACUAAAAACUCUUAAGGCUAAAAUAAAGGCAGAAGACGAUUUGAUCGACCAACUCGUCUCUGCUGUUUCAACUAAAAAUAUGACUCUGGAGGAUGUUCUCCCUAAGGUCAAUAACAUUAGUGCAGAACAUUUCAAAGAUAGAGUAGAGUUGGCUUCAUUCAAUUGA